UUAAAUAAUUUCAUGAUUUAUGAAAUUCAUAAUUUGGGACUAUAAUUUUGGUUUUUGAUAACAUUUUCAGAGUUGAUUUUUUUUACAGAUGUCUCUUUAUUAUGCAAUAUAAAUACGACAUACAAAUGUCCUUUUUUGGUGUUACCUGGGUAAAUUAGUCUUUUCAAAAAAAACCGCAAAGGUGCUUCCGCUUAUAAAAACAUUGGCCUGACACGCUAAUGGAACUCCAUUGUAUAUAUGUAAUUGAUUUACUUUGAGCUGUUACUGACCAAUGUUUAAUCACAUCGAUGCCCAAGUGAUUAUGUAAUAAUAUUUAGUUCCUUUUGUUAGUUUGUCUUUUUUUUUUGUUAAGAAGGCUGCAAGGCCUGAGGUCAAGCACAGGUGUACCUAUUAUCUCAAUUAUCGUGACUAUCUUUUUAAGGUCACGUGAUUGCUCAUUUUAAAUAAUCUUCUUUAUUAGGAAAUUUUUUACAACUUUGUUUCGGUAAAUCAACCAAUCCUAAAUUCUGAUUGGCUAAAAUCCUGGAAUCCAAAGACGCAGGUUUGUCGGUGGAAAUGCGCCCAAGCUUGGUCACUUCCAUCGACGCCAUCCUAAAUAAAACAUCUGAUAACAAUUAUUAUUCUUAUAUCUCCUUUCUUUGGAUUUCCAGGUAUGUAAAUUUAAGUUUUCAUUUAUUUGCAAUUAGAUAUAAAGUCACCUUGAUAAAGGAUAGUGUAUUUUUUAUUUUGUACAUAAUCCUGUUUUUAUUAUCUUCUAAAUUUGAGCUUUUAGUAAAGUCUUUAAAAGUUAAAUUAAAGUCAUCAUCUAUUAGGUAACGUGCAACAUGACCUCAUUUAUUGUACAGUACUUUAUAGAUUAUAGAUUGUAUGUUUUAAUAUUUUUGUUGUAUAUCAUAUUUAGCUACAGUCUCCAGUCAUAUUUUUAUAUCACCUUUAUUUUUAUGCAUAUCAUAAGAAAAGUAGAUUUUGAAUUUGGCGCUUUUAUUUAUUCCCGCGCUCUUUUAUGAAAAGAGGUAAAAAGGUUGUUUGUUUAUAAUACAUGUCUAACGGGAUCAUAAGUGUUAGGAUGUUCGCAUUAAAAUUCCACCGUAGAGGACGAGCCAUAUUUGGAAAGCUCCCACGAGUAGAGCUGUUAAUUGAUCCAACAAGGAUAAUAUCCCUCAAAGCGAGUUAUUUCCCCUUUUAUAACGAAAAUAAUAAUAACACGGGAAAACACCCAAAGUAACAACGUGUUAACUGGUGGAGACCAUCCUUUAGAUCCCAACCUCGCAUGCAGAAAUAUAACUUCAGACCAAGAAGAAAGAUGCCAACUGGAACUCCAGAAAAUUCUUCAAACCCAGAAAAUGGAAAUUUGCAAGCGGAGAUCAUGGCAACUUUCCAGGAAAAGAAUGAGGAAAUUGAAGCCCUCAAAUUAAGAGUGGAGGCGGAAAAACAACGCCAAGAAGAAAAGGAAGAGGAAUUGAAUGUAAUGAGGCAGAGACUUCAAGCCCUACAACAGGAACAUAUCACACAGCAACAAGAGAUCCAAGAACAACAACUUCAAAUUCAACAGCACCAACAUCAUGAACAACAACGACAGCAAAGACAAACACUUCAACAACAACAACAGAGGGAAUUUCUUCCACCACCACCACCACCACCCAUGCCACAACAUACCCUGCAAAGAUCAGUGACAGCCCCUGCAGAAAGCCACAUAAGACAGCUAUCAAACAUCAAAUUGGAGAAGUUUGAUGGAAAAACAUCUGCUGUGCAAUGGUGGAUGAAGUUCAUGGCAUUCAUCAGUCUUCAAAAACUCUCAGAACAAACAGCCAUUUUGCACUUGCCGUUCUUUCUAAUCGGAGCAGCAGAGACGUGGUUUAAUUCGUUGGACACAAUAAAAAAGCUUACCCUGAAUUCAAUCCACGAAGCUUUCAUCAAUCGAUUUAAACCUCCCUCAAACCACGUCUUUGAUCUGUUAGAGCUACAGCAAGGACCAACAGAGAGUGUAGAGGAAUUUAUUCAUAGAGUUACAGAAAAAGCUACCAACUUAAAAAUGGACACCAACCAAACAAUGGGCAAGAUCAUGAGAGGACUAAAACCAAAAAUAAAAGCGGAUAUGGUGAAGGUAAAUCCAACCAAUAUGGAGGACUUACGAACCCAUGCCAUGUUAGCAGAGAUGGCUCAGUCCAUCUGCAGUGAUGAUGCGGUCCAGUCAGCAACCGGUGCAGCGAUGAACAAUGCGCUAACUUCUCUGGAACAACGAAUGAGUGCACUAGAGACAUCAAACAUUAAUGUGCUUCAGGAGACCAGACGUUUCAACAGCCCGGCCAAGCAGAAGCCAUACUUCAGUAACAACCAGAACCAGUCACAGAGGGGUCCCCAGCGCCAUGGUUACAGGGAGGCUGACCAGCAGAAGAACAUGGGUUCCAGACCUAGGCAGUCCCAACAGUGCUUCCGAUGUGAACACUAG